GCGACGACUUGGAACAGACGCAUCGAAGAAGGUGAUAGCUGACUGCAAUUCGCUUGAAUUUUCACCGACGGAAACCCCUGGACUAGCAGCUGAAAAGGCAUCGGAGGAGCCCGAACGGAGGAGACGUUCCCCAGGAAGACGUGAUCUAUCUUUCCGGAAAGCCCUCGGGUACAGCUUCAAUGGCGCGUUUGGAGUUGAUGCUACUCUUGGUGUCGGUCCUUUUGGCCGUGACGGUGCUCCAAUGUCGUGCUGACGACGAGAACACCGCAGACGAGGAAGACGUCCAACAGGUCCUGAAGGGGAUCUACGCCGACGAACCCGACGAGGACAAACGGGUCAAUCGCUUCAAGACCCUGGGUAGGAGACCGGGGAACAGGAGGGUGAUCAAGUCCGACCCAGCAAUGCAAGAAGAAGAAGAGGCAAAUGAAGAGGAGAAGAGGGCCAACCGGUACCGUUCCGUCGGAGGUCGUACCAGGAACAGGAUGAUGAGGGUCACUAAGGCCGACCCCGAGGGGGAAGUCGAGGAUGCUCUGGAUGCAAACGAAGAGGAGAAGAGAGCCAACCGGUUCCGCUCCGUCGGAGGUCGUACCAGGAACAGGCUGAUGCGAGUUACCAAGUCUGAUCCCGAAGAAGAUGUGCAAGAAGUUCUGGAGGCAAACGAGGAAGAGAAGAGGGCCAACAGGUACCGCACCGUAGGAAACCGCCAAAGAAAUAGGAUGAUGCGGGUGACCAAGUCUGAUCCCGAAGAAGAAGUCCAAGAAUUUCUGGAGCCAAACGAGGAAGAGAAGAGGGCCAACAGGUUCCGCACCGUAGGAAACCGCCCAAGAAAUAGGAUGAUGCGGGUGACCAAGUCUGAUCCCGAAGAAGAAGUCCAGGAAGUUCUUGAGGCGAAUGAUGAAGAAAAGAGAGGCAACCGAUUCCGUACCGUAGGAAACCGCCAGAGGAACAGGAUGAUGCGAGUUACCAAGUCUGAUCCCGAGGAGGAAGCUGACGAGGUGCCCGAGGCCAACGAAGAGGAGAAGAGAGCCAACAUGUACCGUUCUGGGAAUCGUGCACGAGGGAGUAGAGGUGGCAGGUAUUAGAUGUACCGGUUCUGGAUGUAGAUCUGGCUAGGAUAUCCCGACGUGCUAGUGAACGACCGAUAAUCAUCUUGUAAAUUAUUUUUCUGACAACCAUGCCUCUCAAACAGUGGUUCCAACGUUUAACAGGACUGUUUGGAAAAUUUGGUCGUGAAAACAGUUUAACCUCACUGUGUAGCAGUAUUUCGAACGAGUGAUGCAUAAUUGAAUCUUGAUUUUGGUUAAAUUGCAAACCUUGAAGGCAAAAGUUCUACUAGCUUGAGUUAAAUUUGCUAUUAGAAAGAUAGAAUUUCGUAAAAAAUUACAUCAUUAAUUUGUUGGUAUGAAUAAGCAUAGAGUGCGGACGGUGAAAGAUGGUAUUUUUAAAAAUAAGUGACCAGUGAUUUUAUGAAUCACAGCAAUCGUCGACCAAGAACCAUUUUGAGAUAUGAACCAACCCUUGAAAUCUGUGGAUGGGAUGAAAGCAGGGCUAAUAGUAAGGAUUAAAAUAUAAUUUAUGACAAUUGUCUUUCUUGGGUGUAAAUAAGUAACAUCUUUAAGUGUCUUUCUGCCUAUAUGUUUCUCUUAAUAACAGCUGGAAAACAACAGUUAUCACCGAGUAAAUAUAGAAAAAUAUAUAUAAAAAAAUAUAGUUUGAGAUAUUUAAAUCGUAUUGCUUGUUGCACUACGGCGCUUACGAAAAAUACUUGCUUGUAAAUAAUGGCAGAUCAAUGUUGUGAAUUGCAAAAUUAAGUUUUAAAAAAUUCAAGAUUGUUUCCUUAAUUGUUGUUAUUUUCUGAACCGCCUGAACUUCUCUGGUAGAAGAAUGCACUAUAAACUUGCCUUCUUGGAAACUAAAUAGAUUUCGUCAUGGCACGCUGACCUUUGACCCUUAGAUGAUGACCUCCUACCCAGUGCAAUCAUUGCAGGCGUGGUUCUUCAUGUGCGAUUUUUAUGUAACAUUAGCAUCCUACAUUCCCCAAAUUUCGCAAAUGUCAAUAAUCUUUAUUUGAAAAAAAAAACAACGUAUUUAUCCACAGUUUCCACAUUUACCUGAAGUUCAAAACCAAUUUCCGGUAGUUUUAUCCCAAGGAAUUCCUCCAGGUUUCAAAACUUUCCUUGAAACCAUGUUCCAAUGCAAACUAAAAUUUAGCCAAGGGGUUAAUUUGUAUGGUUAACCUUACUACCGCGCCUGCAACUUAGAUAACUGACUUGACACACUUAUUCAAUUAACACAGUGUGCAUGGUGCAUGUGACGUCAACACUACUGCACAAUGAUACUAUGAUUUGCGAAGUCUAGGAUCUACACCAAAUAGUUCAGAGCAAAGAAAAAAGUCAGAAUUAUUUUUUCAAUAUUUGCACUUGAUUUAUAAUGAUCUAUGUGACUUUUACUGAAUUUGUGUGAUAGUGUUUCCUUUCAACACUUCGACAGAGGGUUGUUAGAAUUUCCUGAAUCUAAAAUUCCUUGGCGAGUUGUCGCAGCCUGAAUAAAGUGUCGAACGGAAUCAAGA